AUGGCCAGGCCGACCGAACUCAGCGGCUGGCCCCACGACUCCCAGGAGCCCGAAGCUGAGAGCAGCCCAGCGCCUGGUGUGGACACCAAACCAAAGAAGACAGAAAAGGAGCCUCAGGCCAGGAGGGCCCCCAGCCCGGCAAAGGAGAGGCUGAAGGCUGGAGCAACCCCCCGGAGCGUCCCCGCGCGGAAGAAAGCGCAGAGCGCGCCGCCCCCGAGCGAGUGGCCGCCCUGGGGAGACGUGACGCUCAACAAGUGCCUGGCGCUGGCCUCGCUGCUGGCGCUGCUGGGCUCGGCCUUGCAGCUGUGCCGGGACGCGGUGGCUGGAGAGGAGGCCAUCCCCGCGCUGGCCCCGGAGCCGUGGGUCCUGCCGAGCGCCGCCCCGAAGGAGCGAGGGCAGCCCCCGCCGCCGCCUGCGGCCCGGGCCCCCCCAUCCGGGCCGCCAGCACCCCAGGUGGAGGCAGGGGAGAGGCCCGAGGUUGCCAGGGACAGAGAGGCCGCGGAGAAGUCCAAGGAGGCCACUGGGCAGGACGACGCACCCCUCGCCGACCCAGGGCCCAAGGAGAAGCCGCCGGGCCGCAAGUGGAGGAAGGAGGCGCGGCCACGGAAGGAGAGACCGGGGAAGGAGGAAAGGCCCCGGCGGGAGGGGAGGCCGCGGGCCGCCAGGGAGCCCCGAGAGGUCCUGCCUCGGAGCUGGGAGGCGCGCCAAGAGGGCCGCCGGCCGUGGGAGCGGGACUCCGGAGACCCGGGGCGCAGGAAGAGGCGGGGCAGCUUCCCAGGGCGCGCCGUCGAGGAGGACCGGCCUCUGGGCCGCCAGAAGCGCCGCGGGGGCAAAGGGCGGGACCGAGCGGCCUAA